AUGAAUCUUUUAUGGAAUUCUAAUAAAUCUAUAUCAAAAUCAUUAAUUAAUCAUGAUUUAGAAGUGAUUGUUGUUGGUUUAAAUAAAACUGGAACUAGUUAUUUAAAAUGUGCAUUAGAAAUUUUAUAUUAUGGUACAACAUGUUUACAUUAUACUGAUUUUAUUUAUCAAUCAAAUGAUAUAAUAGAAAAAUGGUUAGAAUUACAUUUAUGUCAAUAUCAAACAAAAUUAAAUGGAUUUCAUUAUAAUAAACAAGAAUUAUUAAAAUUAUUAUUAAAAAAUUAUAAAUCUAUAUCUGGUAUACCAAUUACAUCAUUUUUAAAUGAUUUAAUACAAAUGUAUCCUAAUUUGAAAGUUAUUUUAACAAUACGUAAUGCUGAAUUAUGGCAUGCUGCUUGUCGUACAAAUCUUAUACCAUAUCAAUCAAAUGAAUCAAAAUUACAAAAAUUUUUUUCUAAAUUACCAUUUUUUACAUGGUUAAUAAAAUUAAAUCAAUUAAAAUUAUUAUCAUUACAAAAUACAUUAGGUAAUAAAAUUAAUUUAAAAAAUGAUAAUGAAUUAAUAAAUGCAUAUAGUCGUUGGAAUGAUUAUGUUCAAUUAAUUGUACCAAAAGAUCGUUUAUUAAUUUAUAAUAUAAAACAAGGUUGGUUACCAUUAUGUGAAUUUUUAAAUAAACCAAUACCAUGUUGUAAAUUUCCUGGUAAUAAUAAAUUAUUUCUAUGGUAUUAUUUAUUACGUCAUUUAAAAAAUUUAUUUCAUUUUAUAUUGUAUCUUUUUAUUUAUUUAUUUAUGAUUUAUUAUAUUUUAAAUAUUUUCCGAUAGGGGUGGUGUUUAUUUUGUUGUUGUUGUUGAUUGUUUAUUAUUGUUAUCGUUCUCCCUUAGAUACUACAGACACACACGCACGCGCUCGCGCACGCACAUACACAUACGCACACACAAUGAACUACUCACAACUUGAAAAAAAAUAAAUAAACAAACACAUACAUCUAUAUAUAUUAAUCAAUUCUGUAUUAUGAUUAUUCUAUUGUUGAACUGUUCUUUUAUUAUUAUUAUAAUCCUCUGUUAAAUUUUUAAUUAUUUAUUGAAUAUGAUUUUAGAUAAGCCAUUUGAAAGAUGUAGAUGUGUAUGUGUGUACGUGCGUGCGUGCGUGCGGAUUUUUUUCUCUGUUUGUUUUAUUGUUUACAAAUUACUUCUUUUGUAUACAUAGUUCAAAUGCGCUUUUUAUUUCUUUUAUCUUUAGUAA